AUGCAAGUUUUGGGGUUCAAGAAAAUUCAAGAUCACAAGGAUUCAUCCAUUGGAAAGGAGUUGGAUGAUUGUAUGACCGAUUGGGGGAUUACAAAAUUUCUAACUAUCACAGUUGACAAUACGACUACCAAUGAUGGUGCAAUUGAUUGGUUUAAGCGAAAUUGCAUUGUGAAGGAAGAUACAAUUCUUGACAAUGUGUUUAUACAUGUUAGAUGCUAUGCUCAUAUUAUAAAUCUUAUAGUCAAUGAGGGUUUGAAAGAAGUUGGUGAGUCAAUAAUUAAGGUCCGCAAAAUUGUGAAGUAUGUGAUGGGGCUUGACAAGUUUAAGUCUAUAGUUGAGCAACUAAAAAUCCCACAUUCAAGUAUGUUGAUCUUGGACGUUCCCACUCGAUGGAACUCCACAUACACGAUGUUGGAGGUAGCGCAAAAGUAUCUGAGAUCCUUUGAGAGGAUGGAGGUUGAAGAUGGAGCUCUCAAAUAUGCUUUGUUGGAGGAUACUAUGGGGAGAAGGGGGCUCGGUCCGCCAGACACUGUUGAUUGGGAAAAUCUUGAGGAGCUUUUAGGACUUUAUGACCAUUUGCGAGAGAGUUGUGAAAGCAGUGUCGGGUUGUUGAAUGAUAUGGCUAUAAGGAUGAAAUUUAAGUAUGAUAAAUAUUGGGGGGAUGGUGAGAAAAUCAACAAAUUAUUAUUGGUGGUUGCAAUUCUUGACUCCCAAUAUAAGUUGGUUAUUGUAGAGUUUUGCAUUAGAGAUGUACUUGGUAAUGACAAGGCUGAACAGUUCAUUGGAGUGUUGGAGUAUGAUAUUGAUGCCUUGUAUAACCAUUACAACAACAAUGGUGGUCAGUCUUGA